AUGACAAUAGAAGGAGAAACUGCAGUUAUCAAACAAGCAAGCAUUGGCAAUAUUGGCGAUGUCAAUAUGAAUGGCAAUGGCAAUGGCAAUAGCAAUGAAAAUAUCAUGAAAAAUAGAAUUCAGGUGUCCAAUACCAAAAAACCACUAUUCUUCUAUGUCAAUCUUGCCAAGAGGUACCUACAACAACAUCAAGAGAUAGAGCUAUCAGCUUUGGGCAUGGCCAUCACUACAGUUGUGACGAUAGCUGAGAUUCUAAAAAAUAAUGGAUUUGUUAAUGAGAAGAGUAUCUUGACUUCAACGGUCGGAACAAAGGAUGUAGCCAAGGGUCGUACAGUUCAGAAAGCUAGGAUCGAAAUUGUGCUAGAGAAGUCCGAGAAAUUCGAUAGCCUAAUGAGUGCAUCACAAAAUGCAAAUGGAAAAGUUGAAAACAAGCAGUGA